AUGAAAAACGGGGUAUCAGAGGGGGGUCAGGUGCCUGUGGUUGGGCUGUGUCCGCUGUGGGUGACUGGAGUGGACAACCAGUUACCAAAUAACAGAAGACAAGUCUCGACAUCGCCACCAGAGUGGACAACCAGUUACCAAAUAACAGAAGACAAGUCUCGACAUCGCCACCAGAGUGGACAGUUACCAAAUAACAGAAGACAAGUCUCGACAUCACCAUCAGAGUGGACAGCCAGUUACCAGAAACAGAAGACAAGUCUCGACAUCACCACCAGAGUGUACAGCCAAAUAACAGAAGAAUCAGAAGAGUCUGAAUAUGACCCCGACUUUCCACCGACUGACAUAGAAUCAGAAGAGUUUGAAUAUGACCCCGACUUUCCACCGACUGACAUAGAAUCAGAAGAGUUUGAAUAUGACCCCGACUUUCCACCGACUGACAUAGAAUCAGAAGAGUUUGAAUAUGACCCCGACUUUCCACCGACUGAUAUAGAAUCAGAAGAGUUUAAAUAUGACCCCGACUUUCCACCGACUGACAUAGAAUCAGAAGAGUUUGAAUAUGACCCCGACUUUCCACCGACUGACAUAGAAUCAGAAGAGUUUGAAUAUGACCCCGACUUUCCACCGACUGAUAUAGAACUGCAAGUAGAGGGCAGAAGUAUUCACUUGAACAAAGCUGUGCUGAAAUCUCACUCCCCCGUGUUGCGUGCAAUGCUGGAAUCGGAUUUCAAGGAGAAAGACGCCAACCAUCUCGUGCUGGAGGGGAAGAAGUAUGAAGAUUUCAUAGAAUUUCUUCAGGCCUUCUACCCUAACACAAGCCACAGUGUUACAGGUUGAUAACAAUGGCUGAUCUGCAUAUAAUGACUGCUAGUUAUUGGCUGGUAUGCAGUGAAAGGGAGCUAAAAAGGAGUAAAAAGUUCAUAUCAGCCAGGUAGUGUGGCUUAAAUAAACCAGUGUUAAGGAAUAUCCAGUAAUGGCAUGACAUCAUGAGAGUUUGGCAUACCGACAUUCAGAUGAUUAAUGAUGAAACUGAAGACCUCAAGUGAAAGGCAUGGAAAAUGAUCCUGUUCCCAUAUACCUGAAAAAGAGGAGGGAUGCCACAAUAUUGAUAAUAGACUUUUGUCAAUUUGAGAAGCAAAGAUGUAAAAAAAAAAAAAAAAAAAAAAAAAAAAAAAAAAAAAAUAAUAAUAAUAAUAAUAAUGCUGAAAUUAUAAUUCAUGUAUUUGUUAAAAAUACUGUUCACUGUACAUACAUGUAUAUUUUUUUAAAACUUAUUUUUAAAUACAUGAAGUAAUUCAUAUUAAAACUGUGAAUGUAUGAGU